GUCGGUGCGAGAAGGCUGACGUGAUGACGCAUGUCGCGCAUGCGUGGUCUCGUUCUUCCACACGUGUGCCAUGGAGCCUCCAGCAGGAGAGAAGAUCAACCUCGACAGUUUUCAGGUAAAGAAGGCUGUACAGGCGCUACAGGCUUAUUUAAAAAGCACCUCCACCAAGAAUGUCUUUAUGGACGAGAGUCAGCAGAUCUGUCUCCUCCUGACAUUAUGGAAGGUCCCCGCACAAGAUCAGAACAUCCGCAUUCCCUUGCCUUAUGGGCUUCAUACGGACUCCGCUGAGGUGUGCCUCUUCACCCGAGAUGAACCUAACAUGAGUGCAGAGCAGACUGAGAGGUUCUACAAGAAAUUACUCACAGAGAGGGGCCUGAAACAUAGUCCCAAGGUGAUUCCUUUUAAAGCCCUGAAGACAGAAUAUAAGCCGUUCGAAGCCAAAAGAAGACUUCUGGGCAAUUUUGACCUCUUCCUUGCAGAUGCUCGGAUCCUGCGUCGUUUACCCUCCCACAUUGGGAAGCAUUUCUACGAACGGAAGAAGGUUCCGCUGUCAGUAGAUCUGGAAAGCAAACACAUAGCCAGAGACAUGGAGCGCCUCAUUCAGGGCACCACCCUCAAAGUCACAAAGAAAGGCUCCUGCUGCAUGGUGCGUGUAGCACACACAGGAAUGACGACGGAUGAGGUCAUUGAGAACAUAGUCACAACAGUAAACACCAUUUCAUCAAAGAUGCACAUGAAAGGAAAAUGCAUUAAAGUCAUUCACUUGAAAAGUCACACCUCUGUUGCUCUUCCAAUUUAUACUUCUGACCUGAGUCAUCUCACCCUGCUGGAGGAGGAGCUGCAGAAAUCCGGAUUAACCAAGGGAACACAGGAAAUAAAGAAAACACACAAAAAGAAAGCUGGAUUAAAGAGGAAGAGCAUGGAGAAAACUCCUUUAAAGAUGAAGAAGAAGAAAAACGUUAAAGCAGAGCCGGGAAAAAAAGCCGACGAUGUUGAAGAUGAAGAAAUCCCACAGCUCGUGCCCAUUGAGACUCCAGUCAAAAAGAUUAAGAUGGAGACCCCAGCCAAAGCAGGACCGAAAAAGGCUCCAAAACCAACUGCAGGCAAAAGAAACAUGAAGCCCAGACCAGGACAGAGAAAACCUGGCAAAAAAGCAGGAAAACAGACAAAAAAGAAAGUGCCUUCUGUCUAAAAUGGCUGUUUGGACUUCUUUUUCCCUCAUUAACACAUCACCCCCUGUUCUCCUGUAUUCCUCAUGUUCUCCUGUAUUCCUCAUGUUCAUGGCAUGUUAAGUGUUUGUGGCAAGGACUGAUUCAUACCUGCCAUUUAUUUGUACCUGUAAUUUCUAUCAGGCUAUUUUGUAGCUUCAAGAAAAGAAAUAAACAUCAUGUACUCGA